AUGACAUUUUGUUUAUUCUCCGGACUGGCUUGGUUCCCAGUACUGACUGCAGCUUUUGGAGCUCUUUCUAUGGUUGUACCAUUCUCCAUAGGGUACAAAUAUGACCAGUUGUCAUCCAAAUUACCCUUCGUCAGCGACGCCGGCUCAGUAGCACCCGCCAGCACUUUUUUCACUUUUUUCGUCGUCUCCUUCGCUUUCUGCUGCAUGAUGACCGCCUUCAUUCGCUUCUCCCACAUACGAGGCAUCCUAGGACACGACAAGAUAGGGAUCCAGAGGGCAAACGUCUUGGCGCUGCUCCUCGCGAUAAUCGUAACCAUUGGAUUAAAUUUGGUCGCAAGUUUCCCAGAGAGCGUCAACUUCACUGUUCACAUAAUUGGCUUCUGCAUGUCCAUUGGACUCGCACCCUUUUACUGCUUCCUGCAACUCUAUUUGAGCCAGAAGCUCGCAUCAGAAGGACACUUCCCGAAGAACAAAGUGCUCUUCGUCUUCCGCUUGUUCCUCAUGAUUGUGAGUGGCGUUGGGUUUCUUGUCACCUCGAUGCUGUUCCUCUUUGAAGGCUACACUUAUCUCUACGAACCAGAAGAAGACGAAGAGACACUCUAUUACACGUGCAGUGGGGCCGAGUGGGCAGCUACUGCUGCCUUCAUCCUCUUCUUGUUGACUCUGGCCAAGGAGUUCUCGGCCAUAAAUGUGACCAUUUUCGUAGAGGUCCUCAACGGACAUGUUAACCGCGACGAAACUGUUUAA